AUGAUCAGAACAAUCAAACCUAAGAAUGCUCGUUCUAAAAGAGCUCUUGCAAAGAAAGAAGCCAAGUUAGUGGAAAACACCAAGAGUGCAUUAUUUGUCCCAGGUUCUACUGGAAAUAAGAUGUUACACGAUGCCAUGUGUGAUUUGAUGGCAUUAAAGAAACCACAUGCCAAGAAGUUCAGUCGUAAGAAUGAAAUCAGACCUUUUGAGGACGCAGCUGAAUUAGAAUUCUUUUCUGAAAAGAAUGAUUCUUCAUUAAUGGUUUUCUCUUCAAAUAACAAGAAACGUCCAAACACAUUAAUAUUUACUAGAUUUUUCAACCACAAGGUAUAUGAUAUGAUUGAAUUAUCUAUACAACAAAAUUACAAGUUAUUACAAGAUUUCAAGAAGACAACAUUCACGAUCGGAUUAAAACCAAUGUUUGUAUUUAACGGUCCUGCAUUUGAUUCCCAUCCAGUUUUCCAACAUCUUAAAUCUUUAUUCUUGGAUUUCUACCGUGGAGAAGAAACCGAUUUACAAGAUGUUGCUGGGUUACAAUAUGUUAUUGCAUUAUCUGUAGGCGAGAUUGAAGAUUUGAAUGCCAGCGACAAAAACUUACCUUUGUUACACUUCAGAGUUUACAAAUUAAAGUCAUAUAGAUCAGGACAAAAGUUGCCUAGAAUAGAGCUUGAUGAGAUUGGACCAAGAUUUGAUUUCAAGAUUGGUAGAAGAAUAACCCCUGCUCCAGAAGUUGAAAAAGAAGCUAACAGAAAACCAAAACAAUUGGAAGCUAAAGUUAAGAAGAAUGUUUCCACUGAUUUCAUGGGUGAUAAGGUGGCCCAAAUUCAUGUUGGUAAGCAAGAUUUAGGUAAAUUACAAACCAGAAAAAUGAAGGGUUUGAAGUCCAAAUACGACCAAUUAAGUGAAGAUGAAGAUGAAGAAGAAGGUGAAUACGAAGAAUUUGCUGACGAGAUUGAAUCUGAAGAUGAAGUUGAAGAUGAACCAAGAGCUAAGAAGCAAAAGGUCUAG